UGCGAAACAGUGCGCUCGAAUCAUUCUGUCAAUACAAGACUUGCUCGCGACACAGUUUGUAGUGCACGGGACUGAAGCAAGAACGGAGAACCAACAAACCGGAUUAUUCAGAUCAACCCACUGAUAAACCCAGGGAUGGCUUCCACGACGCCUGCUGUUCAGCUGCACUUUAAAACGUGCCUUCUACUUUUUGGGGCUCUUUUAAUCGAAGCUGCCCCAGAGCAAGGGAGCCUGUACAUGUGGAUUGAUGCCAAUCAAGCAAGAAUAUUAAUUGGUUUUGAAGAAGAUAUUUUAAUUGUCUCGGAGGGCAAAAUGGCACCAUUUACACACGACUUCAGGAAAGCACAGCAACGGAUGCCAGCAAUACCUGUCAAUAUCCACCACGUGAACUUCACCUGGCAAGCCACUGACCAGGCAGAAUACUUCUAUGAGUUUCAGACUCUGCACUCAUUGGAUAAGGACAUUAUGGAUGACCCUACUGUCAACGUUCCCUUCUUAGGAUCAGUGCCGCACAAAGCUUCAGUGGUCCAGGUGGGCUUCCCGUGCCUAGGGGAUCAGGAUGGUGUCGCUGCAUUUGAGGUGACCAUCCUGGUCAUGGAUGCUGGUGGAAACGUCAUUCUGAGGACACCACACAAUGCAAUCUUCUUCAAGACUUGCCAGAGAGCAAAGUGCCCUGGCGGUUGUCGCAAUGGAGGCUACUGCAACGAGAGGCAAGUGUGCGAGUGUCAGGAUGGUUUUUACGGCAUUCACUGCGAGAAAGCUCUGUGCUCCCCCAGAUGUCUGAAUGGUGGUCUGUGUAUGAGCCCGGGUGUGUGUAUAUGUCCUCCUGGUUACCAUGGAUCCAGCUGCGAGAGAGCAAACUGCAGCACCACCUGUUUGAAUGGAGGAACGUGUUUCCAUCCCGGAAAAUGUGUCUGCGCCGCUGGCUUUGAGGGGAUCCGCUGUGAGCUCAGUAAAUGUCGGCAGCCUUGCAGAAAUGGGGGCAAAUGCAUGGGAAAGAACAAAUGCAAGUGCAGUAAAGGUUACCAUGGAGAUCUGUGCUCUAAAGCUGUCUGCGAGCCCAGCUGUGGAGCACACGGGACCUGCGUAGAGCCCAACAGGUGUCAGUGCAGGGACGGAUGGCACGGACGUCAUUGUAAUAAGAGACUUCGCGGCACGGUUUCCAACAACCAGCGGGUCUCUGGUCCCAAGCACAAGUCACAGCCUGCGGCUGCAAGGGACACCGUGGAAUCACCCGACUCCAGCCAACCCUCAGAAACCAACUAUGUGGUUUAAGCCUCUCAAUUUUGGCCGGCGGUGUCUGGCCACCCCCUUCAGUUUAACGUCGUCUUCCUCGGACCAAAGCUUUCAUCCUCCACUUCCGAUCCCCGUCAGUUCCAACGCGACACUCCCGAACGGGCUGCGAGAUGUUUGCGUAGCACGGUCACGGUGUCUGAUUUUACCGCACUAGUUCCUUUGAUAUAAUAUCUCCACAGUUACCCUUCAUUAAGCUUCUGUACUGCAUUAACCGAGAGGGGAGUGAGUCAUUGCGUGUUUGUCUAGCGGGGCGAGCAUCUGUGAUGUGUGCGAGUAGCCCUGUGGUUCAGCUUCAAACGUGGCGGUGAAUCAACAGAACUUCUGUGUGUGUAUCCGGCUUUUCACUGGACCAUAAUUGCCAUGUUUGUACGCUGCUCAAGGUUUCUUCGAAUGACUUAUUUUGUAAACAUGUUGUUGUCGCUGCCUGUAAUGCCGCUAACUUUUUUCAUUUGAAUUACAGUGUCGUAGCUGGAGAGAUUUCCCGAACAAGUACUUGUGUAACAACUGUCUUUCUAGAAUAUGUAUCUUAUUUGUGUUAUGUAAAAUUAAAAAAUAUAUAGAUUAUAUAUAUGUAGUUAAACAUUAGUGUAGUCCGUCUUUUAGUGUAUAUUGUUACAGCUUUCAUAAUUAUGUAUAACAAUUAAUGGUGCUUGUUUUUGUAAACAUAAAGCCAAAGUCUUCAUUUUUCAUCAGCAUGACUUUUUGCUUUACAGAAAAUAAAAUCUCCCACUGUUUUCAACGUAUUUGCCGUCUAACAUCCAUAAAUUCUCUGUACAGCGUAAUCAUUUUUUAAAGCUGCAAUCUGUUAUUUUGGGUUAAAAAUAAACUAAAUCAGUUA